AUGGAGACCACCCCCCCGGCGCCGUCGAUUAACUCAAAGACCUCCAUGAAAUCGCACAAGCGCUCACCCAACAAGGAGCACAAGAGUGACAACAGUGCAACCAAGUCUGCUAUGUCACAUGGAAUGCAGCAGCGCGCAUCUCCCGAGUGCACUCAACGUGGACUCUCACCCAAGUCGUCGUCAGACCGGAAGGCCGCAAAGGCCACUGCUUCUACCAAGCCCACAAACCCAUUUGAGCUCCCAGACAUCCCGCCUUCAGAGUUCAUCGUCCCUCGGGGGUUGGAGUGGAGUUUAUUCAAUUACCCUUCCGACAAGAAGGAGACUUCCCACGAGCCAGUCUCUGACUACAUGCCCGAGGAGCACGAGGAAAUCUCCGCUAUGUACACCCCGGUUUCGCGCGCGGUGUCGCAGUACGACCAGCGCAUCCGGAGCCAGCAUGGGGGCAAGGGUGAGACCUGGCUGGCGCGUCAGAUGUACCAUGAGCUGGACAAUAUCUCUACUCAAAUUGACGAUAUUAUGGGCAAGAUCAGGAUAAUGCUGGAGAAGAGGGGGGCGAGGGAGAAUCUUUUGGGUCUUGGUGGUUAUUAUUUGGAGGAUGAGGAGUCUCCUAGUGUUUUCAAGGGUGGCCCUGAGAAUCCGUUGGAAUUGAGCGAUGGGGAUGAUAAUGCUCUCUUUGUGAGUUCUGAUGAACGGGCUUAUUCUGGUGAGUUGUGUGGCUUGUCUGGGGAUGAAUAG